ACACCCACAAAUUUGUCUCUGAAAUCCAACAAAUUAGGCCAAAAAACUGCGAUUCCCCAGAAAAUUUAACAUCUAAAUUAAAAUUGCAGUCAAGUUGAAGCAAAUCCGAGCAAUUUCGAGCAAAAAUUUAGACCAAAAACCCCAAGAAAUUCGAACCCUUAAACCCAGAAAAAUUGAUUGUUUCCGACCAAAAAUCCCCCAUUUCGAGCAAAAAAUCAACUCAAACGCGUUUCGGAAUGAUAGGUUUGAUCCUCAGUCGUAUGUUCAGUCCAAAUGCUCUCUUAAUGAGAAGGAGGUGCCGAAUUGCCGAAUUUAGUAGGCUUAUUGCUGAGAUUAUUGGAUGGGAAGGGGGGCUUAUCAUCUCCUUCAACUUCUUUGUUUCUCCGGUGCCAUUGCUGGCUCAAUUAAACCCCAGCGGUGCAGAGAGACUACCGCCAGGGAUAGUUGCUUCUAAGUCAGAUCUCUAUCUCCGUAGACUAUGGGGUCUUCCUAGUGAGGAUCUGAAAACCAAGCCUAAGUAUCUAGUGACCUUCACAGUUGGCUUAGAUAUGAAAGAAAAUAUUGACAAAGCAGUUAAAAAGUUCUCAGACAACUUCACUAUUCUGCUCUUCCAUUACGAUGGUAAGACGACUGAGUGGGAUCAGUUUGAGUGGUCAAAACAUGCUAUCCAUGUCAGUGCUCGAAAACAGAAGAAAUGGUGGUAUGCAAAACGAUUUCUACAUCCUGACAUUGUGGCACCAUAUGAUUACAUAUUUAUCUGGGACGAAGAUUUGGGAGUGGAUAAUUUUGAUUCCGAAAAAUACGUUGAUUUGGUUAAGAAACAUGGUUUGGAAAUUUCACAACCUGGUGUGGAUCCUAAUAGUCCGUUUACAUGGCAGAUGACAAGGAAAAGACAUGACAGUGAAGUUCACAAGUAAUAACUACUAAUGAUGUAUAAUUUAUGCCCAGUUAUCUUCCUUUGCAACAGAAGCAGGAUGAUGAGUAUAAUGUCUAUGAUAUUGAGAUGUAAUUUAUUGGACAGGUUAAUAUAAUGCCGUCAUUCCAAAUUUUAUGGGUAGGCCAAAUUACAAAGGAGACUCUGCCGAAAUUUACAUUUGCAUUAUUCAAUAAUAUUGCAUUUUAAUUUCAAUUAUA